GUCGCAACUAUAAAUAUAUCUAGCAUCUUCAAAGUCUAGGACACCUCGACUUCCCAUACCAGCACAGUUGAGCCCGCGGAUUUCACCUGAAGACUUCCAUAUGGACCACGCCCAUGAACCCCGAACGCACUCGGUCAUUGACCCGGCCAUCCUCUAUUGGGGCACUCCAGUCGUCUUGAUAACCUCCACAAACGAAGAUGGCACGUCCAACGUUGCACCCAUGUCUUCUGUGUUUUGGCUCGGCCAGAACUGCAUGCUGGGACUAGGCUCGAGCGGGAAAACGCCCCAGAACAUCCUCCGGACAAGACAAUGCGUCCUCAACCUCCCCGACGAUUCAGCCUUCAUGACAACGGCGGUGAACGCGUUGGCGUGCACUACUGGCACCGAGAUUGUCCCGCUGGCCAAGAAAGGGAGGGGGUAUAUCCACGUCAAGGAUAAAUGGCAGAGGGCACAGAUCACGCCACUGAAGUCGGACCUAAUCGAGCCAUGGCGGGUCAAGGAAUGUCCUGUUCAGAUGGAGUGCGAACUUGUGGCCAAGCAUGACAUGUUCGGGAACGAGCCCGGCCGUCUUGGUGCAUGUAUUGGACUGGAGGUAGUGGUACGCCGUGUUCAUAUUCGGGACGAGUUGCGGCUGGAAGGAUACGCUGCUCGCAUCGAUCCGGAUAAGUGGCGACCAAUGAUAAUGAGCUUCCAACAACUCUAUGGGCUUCGACAUGAGAAGUUAGCACAGAGCGUGCUGGGCAAGAUUGACGAGGAGAUGUAUCGGUAGCAGCCAUGAAAGACCAGUGCAACUGCGCUCUCGGGAGCCUAAUUCGAAGUUAGACGGAAAUUAUCUAGACCAACCAGCGCUGCCAGAUCCUCAAUUAAGGUCCUGUCUGGCAUUAAAUUAGUACCCUUAGGAGUGGCGUGCCAUUCAAACGGCUUAGUGUCUCGUGCGCCUGAAAAAAAGGUUUAUUCAUGGGUGCGUGGAGGGCGCUGCCGGCGUUGGUCAGACCAAGAGGAGGGCCAUCGAAGAGGGGUGGAAGUUAAGUUAUCUUUCCUUCCAAGUACAGGUUGGCCGUCGAGAGAGCGCGACCCUAAAUAAACCCCCCGAAUAAACCCCCAGAGAUAGCGCGACUCGCCGGGUUCACGGCGUGACUCAUCGGCGAGUUGCAUUAAGUUUGAGGUUGAGUUUGAGCUUGCGCAUACCAUGGUGGACAUCAGCAUAGACAGUUUAUAGGAGGCCUCCCGGCUCAGCAUC